AUGUGCAUGUUUAGAGAGUGUUCAGAAGGAACCUUCUCAGCUGAUGUCAGUGAUGGACCAUGUGAGACAUGUCCAGCUAACAGCGAGGGGACUAGAACUGGUCUGAACCUCUGUCCAUGUCUCCAGGACUACUAUAGAGCUCCUUAUGAGGAACCCUCUGACCCCUGUACACUUACUUCUCGCACUACCUAUCAACCACCAGCUACUACCGAUGGCUCCAGCAGCAGUCAACAGGAGACAGUAAUAAUUGGACUCAGUGUGGGAACUGCAGUCCUGUUUGCUCUCCUACUUCUCGUUGGGACUGCUGCCAUCAUUGUGUGCAUCAAGUGA